AUGGCUUGCUCAAAUAAGGCGCCCUACGAGUUAUUAGCCUUUAACGUCAACCAGCAAUCCAAGACUGUCCGGGCCUCUAUAGCUAAUGCUACUGGAACAAUAUCUAAUCCUUUGAGCAUUCGCCCUUUACGGUUUGCCCCGCUCAAAGCCACUCAAAUCCAGUCCCAUCAAGCGCCACAGAAACCGCUGGCAAUUGGCAAUGGUCUAACGAACUUUGUUGCAUAUACCUCUCCAUCUCCUCCCGGCUUCUCGCAUAGGUCGUUAAGGGAUAAGCCACCCACGGAGUCUCCAUGCAGUUCUGGCGGGCCCAAAAUAAACAUGGCAAGAAUGUGUCUAGAAUCUUCGCUCUUCGCUCAUGUCUUUUACGGAUGUCUCAUCGCUACCCAUGCCCACGACGACUGUGAAGCAGCCAAUUCUAAUUCAGUCGGCAAGACCUAUGUUGCCUGCUUCAGCCACGUCUCCGACCUUCUCCAGUUGCCCGAUACCAUGAAGAUUCAGUUCACCUACCUCACCAUUCUUGCCGUUGCCGUUGGGGGCUAUGCUACCAAACUCAGCCUAAGUGCCCGGACAAAUGGUCACCAAGGCAUCAAUCUACCUCAGGCUGCUCAGGCUGGGACUGCUGCAAUUACUGAGGAGUAG